CUCAUGGCUAAUUCGUACCAGUGUUGCGGAGUUAUUGCAACCAGACUCGAGUCAUUCUUGCUCAAACUUGGCAUCACAAUACCGUCCAGCUUGCGGCAUUCUUACAAUCAUAACCGUCACUUUCUUUUCGCACACCACAAUCUCUCUCUUCAACAUGGAUCCUAAACUGGCGUCGAUCAUUGAGCAGGUGAAAGUAGACAUCAUCACUCCUACUCAACAGCGCGACAAUGCGAGACAGCUGGAAGAAGUUUCCAGGAGUUUCAUAUCCGAUACUAUCACAGUGCCCACGAAGGAGAUGUUUGCAUACGCAAUACAGACUUCACUCGGCGACGACGUCUACAACGAGCCAUCUACUAUUGCACUCGAGGCACACAUUGCUAAGCUCACAGGGAAGGAGGCUGCUCUCUUUGUAAGCAGCGGGACCAUGGGCAACCAGCUUGCUAUCCGCACGCAUCUCCAGCAGCCUCCCAAUUCCAUCAUUUGUGAUAUUCGGGCGCACAUCAAUAAGUACGAGGCUGGUGGCGCAGCAAUACACUCAGGUGCUCUCCAGAAUGCUUUGACACCUAAAAAUGGACACCAUUUGACUCUGAAAGAUAUCGAACCUCAUGUAGUGUUCGGCACCGACAUACACAGCGCACCGACGCGAAUCAUUUGCCUGGAAAACACGCUGGAUGGCACGAUCAUGCCGCAGAGCGACAUAAUUGAGAUAGCUGAUUUUGCCCUCAAGAAUGGCAUACUGAUGCAUCUUGAUGGUGCACGUCUGUGGCACGUCGCCGCUGAAACUCGGACACCGAUCGAUGAACUCUGCGCACCAUUUGACUCAGUCAGUUUGUGCUUCAGCAAGGGUCUCGGGGCCCCUGUGGGGACUUGUCUCGUCGGUCCCAAGGAAUUUAUACAGAAAGCGCGCUGGUUCCGGAAGAUUUUUGGCGGAGGGAUGCGGCAGACUGGUGUUCUUGCUGGGUCGGUCGCUUACGCACUCACCCAUAAUUUCUCUCUCCUUCCUAGGGUUCACGCUCUAGCAAAACGCCUGCAAGCUGGUUUAGAAGAGCUUCAGGUCGGUAUAUUGAGUCCCGCAGAGACUUGCAUGCUUUUUUAUGAUCCCUCCACAAUCGGUAUCGAGUACUGGGAAAUCAUAGAUCGUGCGGCUGCAUUGCCGAACCCCAUUGGUCUUACCGGCUCUCGUCUCGUAAUACAUAUCCAAACAUCGCCUGAGGCAGUGGAAGACUUCUUGUCAUUGAUCAAAACCCUGAAGGAGGAGAAGGCCCAGGCGGGUAUUGUUCCUUUAGCAGUGAACUCAAACGGGAUGAGGAACGUGUACAUCAGGGCCGCGAGGUCCUCCACACCCACUAGAUGAUUCAAUGCAUUUAUUGUGAUACCUACUGUCCUCGACAAUCACCAGCAUACUAGCAAUUUAAAUGCCUAGGUACAAUUGCAGUAUAUGUGAUGUAAGCCUGUGCUCGAUCCGAGCUAACGCUUGGUCCCCAACCAUUGCUUGUCUGAUCUCAAUGUUCCUAUGUGAUAGACGAAACUGGAUUAAAGUCCCUUAUUUUCAAGUUGAGGACCCAAAUUAG